CACAGCCUACAGCCAGGAAAUUAUUGGUGUUUGAUAGUCGCAUAAACUAGCUAUUUCUGCUAUGCACAACUUUAUAUGUCAGCCAUCUUUCACACUUGGGCAAGGAGCGUUCAUGUAAAUCUUGGCAUUAAUUGCCUCGACCAAAUAUCUACUGAUCUAUACUAUAUUUAGUCUAGUUUCAUAUUCAUUACUCCAACAUCACGUGAUCAAAAGACACGGCAAACUUUCUUUCCACGACACGCCACACGUCAAAGUAUUUGGUGCCCAGGUGGUUGCGCAAUAUUUAUUGCAAUUGUACAAAACACAGUCUCUCCAUCGCCAUCGCUAUAUCAAUCAUCUCCAUCGCACGACAUUUAUUACGACUUUACGAGUACACCCACCCUGGCGGUGGUUACGUUCUUCACCUGUAGGUGUCCCAUCUUCAAUAUAUUACAACAACAGGCCGCUAUGGCUUCUCCGACGUUCGGCUGUACAGAGGUGCCCGUAGUUAUUAAAUGGGCGGACGCUGGACAAUACAGCUAUAUUGGCACACGAAUUCAAAAUCUACGAAUGAAUAUACACCUCGGCACACACGAAAGUCCCAAAUUGCUCUUUUGGUUCACAGUAACAAUUGGAGUUACAGCGAGCCCUGAAUCCUCUACGAUACGUACAAAGUUGCUCUACUUCGUUAUCCAAGCUAGUUUGCUUGGUUAUAAUGAGAAUGAUGAAUGUCUCUCAUUAGAGACUCCAAACUCUGAUUGUUCUCCCGACACUAGCGCUGCUAUACGAGAGGCUGGCAUAUGUUCCGACUAUGCCUCUGUUUCCCGAAUAUGCUUUCAGCUCCACAACCAUGGCACAGUGUUCAUGCCUCCUACUGAGAAGCAUGCCUUUACCCCUGCGUCGGAUAAUGUCUUACAACUAUUGUCUAGCAUGGAGUCCCUUUCCCAGGCCAAGCGAUUCUGGGUAUAUACAUCGCUUGAAGAUUCGCUUCUUACGAGUAUUUGGAAAAGGAUCGAUCGAAUACGCAAGGGAGCCUUUACAGGUGACUUUACGACUCAGAGUGUAUAUAAACGUGGUAUGGUAUGCGACAAAUGGACGAAUUUCAAUCAAUUUGUGAGACUGGAGAACCCGGCAAAACAUAAAAGCAAUUGUCAUGGUGUAAAGCAUAACUCCGAUGCUCUACCGCUAUAUACUAGUGAAUGUCAGGGUGCUGGAGUGGAACACACAGAUGAUGAUCGAAUAUACGAAUCUAGUAGAAUCUCUGGCAAACAUUCAUCUUCCCAUGAUCUCGAUCAACACCAUUCAGAUACCGAAUCCGAUGAAGAACUAUCUAUAGGGCGGAAACGCAAAUACAACAAGAUAUCUUCCGAUACCCUAGGUAACCUUAGGAACUUUAAUAGUGCUAGUAUACUUGAUUCUAAUAAAUCCUGCUUAGAUCGUCAGCGUUCCAGAGUUCGGUUCGCCAAACCUCGUAGCGAAGUUCCGGGCUAUCUUGAAAAGCAAUUGGCUGCCUUUAUACGUUGGGUGUUAGAGAUCGACUUACACUUGGAGAAGGAUUGUGAGCAGAUUUUCUCAGAUCUUGGCGGGGCAGUGUCUCGUGGAGACAUAACUAGGUUUAACGAAAUCAAGACAGACUGCAUGGCGAAUAUUUACAUUACAUAUGCUAAGAGAGGAUCUAAAUGGGUUUUAAGGAAUACUAUCUGAAAAGACAUUGCUACAACUCUAGUUUGAGCUAUAGUUAUAAUGUUUUCGAUGCGAACAAUAACACUUCGUCGCAAGAGAACUAUAAGAGCAAGAUACAAUUUAUUCUUAGAAUUUAUAACUAUAGAAUUGAGAGCCUAGUGUUUACAGAUAGACAGAGUCAACAAAAAGACCAUUGUUCUCCGUAAGGAGUGGCUGGCUUAGUGGUAAAGUGAUUGGUGCCCACUUCUGCUCAGAGCCAUAUCCCGAUCGAUAUCUGUCUUUUCGAAGUUUAAUCAUCUACAAAUUGUCACGGAUCGCACCCAAUCGCAGCUGCGAUCGCUCACGUGCGCGCUUGCACACGUGCACAAUCACAUGUACAUAGCUAGUAUAUAGAAGUACUCUACAAGCGCUUUACUCCCGAUUCUAUAA